CUUUAUAGAACAUUGAGUAUUACUAAUGAUCUGGAUGACUUAACUCCAUCUUCAGAUUCAACUACAGAGGAUAUUGAGUCACUUUCUUCCAUUUAUAAGGAAGCUAUAGUCCUGAUAGAAGAACUUAGUUUAGAUUGUAAAGUAGAUUCUGUAAAUCUCUUGAAAGUUCAGAAUAUAUUUCAUGGAUAUGAACGACUAAUUGAACAUGAGAAGGGGCGUUAUACUCAAUUGCUUGAAAAAGUAAAAAAAUUCAAAAAUCAGAGAAAUGAAUGGCAAAAAAAUCUGGAAGACUUGAAAGAGAUGAAAUCUAUAUUGGAUCAUCAAAAAGUACAAUAUGAAAGUGAAAUCACCAGUCUGAAAUUUUGUCUGAAACAAGAGGAAGAAAAAAGAAUAGGAGCUGAUGUACUAAAUGAGAAAAAUCAAGAGCAGUUAAAGAAGAAAGAUGAGCAGUACUGUAUGCAGAUGGAAGAAAAACAAGAGCUUGAAUUGAUGUUGAGAAGCAAAGAAAUGGAGUUAAAAACACUAACAAACCACCUGAAACAGGUUGAAGAAGAACGCAAUGAAACACAGAGACAACUUUGUCAAGAACAAAAUGCCAGAGCCAUACAAGAAGAUAUUUUAAGUACCCACUUCUGGAGGCAGAAGGAAUUGGAAGAAGAAUCAAAAAAAGUAGCAAGUAAACAUUCAGAGGUAUCCACUUUGCCAAAUACUUUAAAAAUAUAAAACUGUUUUCAGUUUCAUUGAUUACAAAUCAAAGUUCCGGUCAUUACCUGUAAAGCUCUGUGUGGUUUAGCUGCUAGAUAUAACAAUGGAUGGAAUUCUCUCUCUGUCAGUUUCAAUCCUUCCUGUGUGUAUGUCCAGGGAAGAGAUGCUAAGGAUUGUCAUUCUAUGUGAGGGGAAUGGGUUGGAGGCCUUUGGAGUGCCUGUUCCAUGCUCUGGAACACCUUGCUGCUUGAAGUAUGUGAUCUUUCAAAUUUAUUGGCUGUUAUGAAGGCUCAUAUAAUUGUUUUCACCACAAAAUGUAUGACCCCUAAGAGAGAUAGGACUGUUCCAUUUAAUUGAUAACUAUUUUAGGGUUUUGCCCUUAUAUUUAGAUAUUUGUACGCAUGUAUGGGAGAGAGGAAAUGUUAAACUACCUUCAAUAUCUUAAGUAAGGACAUACUUUUAUACAUCAGUAAUUAAAUCUUAAACUGUGAUGUAGAUUUGGAACCUGUGAUUCAGUAAGAAUCAAUAUUAAAAAUGAAAUACUGUUUAUACAUUUGUUUAUACAUAAAAAGUUCCUUUACCUUUUUUGACAAUGAUGUAUUUUAGAGAAAAAUAUUUGUAAGAAAAUUAUUUUUUAAUUAUUUAAGAGAGCAGAUAUUCAUUUUAUGGCCUUAUUAGAUAGAAGAGGUGGCUGAAUUUGUUCAGUUUUGCAAUACAAGCUGAGUCAAAUUUGGUGAACCUUUUGUUGGGAAAUUCUCAGGAAAUAUUUACAACAGACUAGAUUAGCAAAUUAUAAAACAUCUUUGUAGACAAUAGUGGCAAACAUUUUUUCACAUUAUUAAAAAGAUAAUUCAUAGAUGACACCAUGAAUUUACAAGGAGUCAUGUGACUCAAAGGAGUCUUUUUCUUACCCUAAGAGUUCAUUUUAGUCAUUUUUCAAUUUAAAAAAUGUCCUUCUUUUGACCAUAGUUGAGACAGGAAUAUGUAUCAUUAAGUGGUAUGGUUGUAAAUGUGACUGCUUUUUAGCAGCAGUAAUCCAGCAGUCUUCGUAACUGUCAUUAACUGAAUACUCUGUUUGUUACAUGAGUCAACUGCCUGCUGACUUUCUACAAUCAAGUCAGUGGGGAAGCCAGCAGAAAGUUGUAAGCCCCAGGAACUGCCAAGUGGAGGAUGGAGUGAGGAAGUACAUGGGAAUGUUGGACCUAAGAGCCAUUUGGAUUUUCAGCACUGAAUUGAAACCCCUUGUUCUGGAGUUUAAAAUUUUCCAAUGGCUGAAAAUCCUGCUUCUGUUGGCAUGGAGGAUUUUCACUUCUAAGUAGAGAGGCAAGUCUAUUAGGACUGAAAAUCCUUCAUGGCAAAAUCUAAGCAAGAUUUUCAACCAGAAAGCAGGGAGAUUUUAGAAGCCUUUUCACUCAGUGGCUGAAAAUCCUACUUGGAUUUCAGCAUGGAUCUUUUUCAACCAGCCCCAAAGAUUAAAAAGAGUCACCUUGGCAGGUGGUGGUAGCUUACAACUUUCCCUGCCAGCUUCCUCUGUGAACAGUUUGUCAAGUGCCCAGAUUACAAUCACAUAGGCAUUGUGAUGGCCAUAAAUUCAGUCAUGGGUUAUAAGACCUUGCUUUUAGCACCAGGGUAACAUCAGCCCAUUGCUGAAUAAGUGGUCAUAAAUUGUGAACUAACCAUUUAAAACUUUGUGAGCAUACUCUGCAAGGAACACAUUUUAUGUAAACAUUAAAGAAAAAGGCACAGUAUGGAAUUUGUUUCUCUUUUUUUUUUUGUUAGUUCAGUUCUCUCUCAAGUUCUAUAGACAGACUAUGAGGUGCGUGCUUUAGAAGUGUGGUUUAUAAAUAAACUUAAUAAAUGCAAUGUCUAAUUAAAUUUUGCUUAAGAAAUUGAGAGGGUUUUUUAUAUUGCUAUAAAUGAUCUCCACGAUAGAGUAAGCUUGAUUAAAAUUAAGAAAAUAUAGAGUAUACUAUUUUGAAAAGAAAAUGCAUAGUUGUCAUAUUAUCCCACAUCUGUUAUGCUCUAUAAGAAUGAAAAAUAAUUGUUGUUCAUACACAAACUAUCCAGAUACAGUAUUUGUUCUCAGUGUGUUUAAUGAAUGCUUUGAAAGCCACAAUUAGGAUGCAUGGGUAGCAGCGCCUUUUACAUAGUCUCUCUUAGAAACUCAUGAGACACAUAAUGUUUCCAUUUCUUAAGUAAUGUUUAGAUAUGUAGAUGUUCAGAGGGUUACCUGUAGAUUGAUAACAUUUAUCCAACAUAAAUUUGUCUGAUCUCUUAGAAUGUAGCUUACAUCUCUGGAUUCUAUGAAUUUAUUUAUUUGUU